AUGGCCAAGAGACUCACCGUUGCGCUCGUACUGCUGGGACUCGCCAGCAUGACCGAAAUGCUGGGCCGAUCGCCUACGGAAUUUGCCAGACCGGGUGUAAUGCCGUCGCCGUGGCAUGCUAUGCCGCUGCUGGAGCGGUAUUCGGUACCGUUACUGCAGGUAUUGGCACUGCACCCGCUAUCAUCGGCUGCAACAUUGCACUGGGGACGUGCAUGGCGAGUUGUGUUGCUGCGGGUUUAUCACCGACACCGUAGUCGGUGA